AUGGAUGAAUUUACACAGAAAUUACUAGAAAGAACGAAAGCACGACGUGAGAAUCUAGCUCGCAAGGUGAAGGAUCUUGAAGAAAUUAGGAGUGGAAAUGGCAGAAGAAAGAGGCCAUUGAGGGAAGAUGACGUUAAUGAUAAUAGAGAAAGAAAUUUUAGCGGUGUUCGUCUCGACACUGCUAAACGACGUUGCAUCAAUACUCGCGAAAGAGUUGACAGAUUUAACAAAGUAGGUAACAAGCAAACUGUAAAGCGCGAUCCAAUCGUUAGUGAUAAUGAUUUGAACACCAAUGGCACCAAUGAUGAAAGUUCUAGCCAGGAAAAAGAAAAUGUUACCCAAUCGAUCAGAGCCCGUAAGGCUAUGCUAUUUCAACAACAGAAACAACAGCAAGAAGAAAUUGAAAGACGAAGAAAUAAAAAACAAGCUGAAUUAGCUUCACGUCUAGAACGUAAGAAAGUAAUGCAAGGAAGUUCCGGUAUCACGCAAAAUGAGAGUCAAUUGACAACUGAUGACACUCAACAAUCCAAAGAUAUGGAAGUAGAUGAUAGUAAUCUCGAUAAUUGUGCAAAGUCAGAAGAUGAAACUACUCAGAUACCGGCACGAGAUGAAAAACAUGAGGUUGUUACUGUAAAGACUCCCCAAGAAGAAGUUAAGCGUCAAGUUGUACAGCCUACUGUACGUCCUACUGUAGAUGCAGCAGAUUCUCUUAGAGUAGAGGAAGAUGACAAUACAUCGUCCGUAUCGGAAAGUGAAGAAAAAUCAUCUCCACCAUCGCGAGCUAAAACUAUGGAGAAGAGAAUUUCCUCUAGAAAUGUUAUUAACAAUAUUGUGCAGCCUACGUCUAGCGAAAAUAAAUCAACAAUAACGAAAACUACUCCUGUAGGAAAUGAAAACAGUCCAGAAAUUGUAGAUGAAGACCAACCAAGGCGCAAAUUACCGCGACAUCCUCCUGUCCCUCCUAAACGGUCAAAUAACAACCAUUCUGAACAUAACACUCCUCAUACAUACCGGAAUAAUGCAACUAAUGCACCUAGUGAGAAACGUAGAAGCAGCAAUACAACUCCACAACAGCGACGCUCUUCACAUGACAAUCAGAAAAACUUACCGCCCAUCGCCCCUAAGCGUAAGAGCGAACUUGAACCAGUAAGCCGAAGCCAAGAAAGGUUGAAUCUUCCAACUCCAGAUAUAUCAAACAGAGCUAGUACCGGUAUAUUUUGUGGUAAUUUCAUGCAACAAAAAUUAAAUAAAAUGGCUGGUGAAUCAUUAAAAGAAUUUUCCGAAAAGAAAGGUGACGGGCAUCAAGAAGAUAUACGCAUCAUUUUAGAAGAAGCGGCUACGCAACAAGCAAUUCAGUUUCAAGCAAGCAAUGCUCUUGGAAUUUGUCAUCCUGGUAGUAUCGAAGAAGCUGAAGCUGAAAAAGCUCUUCUUCUUGCAGCUACCCGCCAUCAAGCAUGUUUAGAUCAAGUGCAACGACUUCGAGGGGAUACGAAUUUAACUAUGAGUGAUUCUGUAUUACAUAACCAAUCCGAGUUUCGACCAGUUAACACAGAUUUAUCCCUAUCAGAUAAUAUAGUUCAUUCUUUCAUGGUAUUGGUACGGGAUAACCAAUUGACCACACUUAGCUCUAACUUAUAUUCAACAAGAGACGGCUUACAAAAAGAAAUGGCCUUUGCAAAUGAAAUUAAUCUAAAAAACGUCAAUCGAAAUGUAUCUUUGAGAGUCGAGAUUUACUGUCUGCGUCAAAAUGUUACUGAAAAUGUAAAUAAUUCGGGAAAUACGUCAGGGAACAAAUUGACUACACCCAAAGUGAAAAAACAAAAUUUAUUUCCAAAGCCUUCUCCAAAAACACCAAAGAAGUUUAUGAACAUGUUGACUGGUCGUUCACAGGCAAAAGGAAGUACAUCACAUUCCUUGUCAAAUACCCCCAAAACAGCUAAUAUUCCACAGCAUACUAACCUGAAGAAAACGAGAUUUGAACUAAUUGCAGUAGCGAAAAUUGAUCGCCAUACUUUACGUAAUGAUACUUAUGAAUUAGAACAGAUCGUCAAGCCGUCACCUUUGUCUUCGUACAUUCACGUUACUACAAAGUGUAACCCAAUGUCUGUUAUCGAACAUCGGGGAUUUUUGAAUGUUCACGAUGACAUUGGAGGUUACAACGUGGAAACAUGGCGACGAAGAUGGUGCAAAAUAACUCCAUACGCCAUAAAUUUAUGGAAUUAUCCUGAAGACGAAGAGAAGGGUCAAACUCCCAUUACAAAAUUAGAUUUGCGCUAUUGCGUUACCGAAAGUGUCCACGUUUUACCUAGAGAAGAGUGCUUCAGACGUCAUACUUUUAGACUCGAUAUGCACUAUUUACGACCGGUUAACAAAUCUGGUCAAGUUAAAGUUCAAUAUUUGCUAUCCGCUGAUUGCAAGGAGGAAAGAACUGAAUGGACAUCAGCUAUUAAUCAAUUGUUAACUGAUAUCCAAGGAUGGCAAUUGGGUAGAAUACCUUCAAAUCGUAAAGAACCGAGCUACUGUGACGUUUAG